AUGAGCCCACCCUCUGCUGUGGAUGUCGAGAUGAAGGGGGUCACUGACACCUCUGCGGUGCCGAUCCCUGAUCCCUUGACUGUCAAUGGGGUCCCUGGAUGGCGUGAGAAGAUGGCCCAGAUGCCCACUGGUGUUGCGCCGGCGUGCAGCAGUGAUAUGUUCAAGAGCCCGGCUUGUUAUACUAAGCCCAAGGCGAAGCGUUUUGACCACUUCUUGUCGCUCGAGGCUAAGUCUCGCAAGGCCUCGACAUUGAAAACCGCUGCCAAAUACUUGAAGAACCCGGGCAUGCUGUCUCUCGGUGGUGGUCUGCCUUCUUCUGAAUACUUCCCAAUUGAGCACCUCGAUAUCAAGGUCCCCACUCCCCCAGGCUUCACUCCGGAAGCUACCCAAAAGUCAGGCACUAUUUUGCACUCUGGAAAACACGAUAUCAAGGAAGGAAAGAGCCUGUACGAUUUGGAAAUUGCUUUGAACUAUGGCCAAGCUACCGGAUCUCCUCAGCUUCUCCGGUUCAUUACCGAACACACCGAGCUCAUCCAUAACCCCCCUUAUGCCGAUUGGCAAUGCACCUUGACCGCCGGUAGCACAUACGCUUGGGACACUGCUCUCCGUUUGUUCACAGAGCGCGGUGACUACAUUAUGUUGGAGGAGUACACAUUUGCCAGCGCUGCCGAGACAGCUUGGCCACUUGGCCUGAAGGCACUACCCCUGCCCAUUGAUGAAGAGGGUAUUGUUCCAGAGGCUAUGGACGAACUUCUCAGCAACUGGGACGUCAAGGCCCGCGGCGCACGCAAGCCCCACGUUCUCUACACGAUCCCCACCGGCCAGAAUCCUACCGGAGCUACCCAGUCUGCUGAACGCCGCCAGGCCGUGUACAAAGUCUCCCAGAAGCACGACAUUCUCAUCGUCGAGGACGAGCCAUACUACUUCCUGCAGAUGCAGCCCUACAGCGAGGGAGCUGCCGCGCCUCCUCCACCCGCAACUCACGAGGAUUUCAUCAAGUCCCUUGUACCCUCUUUUCUCAGCAUGGACGUUGACGGCCGUGUGUGCCGAUUGGAGUCCUUUUCGAAGGUUGUCUCGCCCGGUUCUCGAGUUGGUUGGAUCGUUGCCUCUGAGCAGAUCAUUGAGCGUUUCGUUCGCAACUUCGAGGUCUCCUCCCAGAAUCCUAGCGGUAUCUCCCAGCUUGUCCUCUACAAGCUGCUGGAUGAACACUGGGGUCACUCUGGAUACCUUGACUGGCUGAUCGCCCUGCGUAUGUCAUACACCGAACGUCGUGACGCACUGCUACAUGCUUGCGAGAAGCAUCUCCCCCGUGAUAUCGCCCACUGGGUUGCCCCCGCCGCGGGCAUGUUUCACUGGAUCGAGGUUGACUGGCGCAAACACCCCGGCGUCGCCGCUGGUAAGACCCGCGAUACUAUCGAGGAAGAAAUCUUCCUGUCUGCCGUAGACAACUCUGUCCUGCUUUCCCGCGGAAGCUGGUUCAAGGCUGACAGCUCGGCUACCAUGGAGAAGAUGUUCUUCCGCGCGACCUAUGCCUCUGCUUCUAAAGACCAGAUUGACGAAGCCAUUUCCCGCUUCAGUACUGCCCUGCGCCAGCAGUUCGGUCUGUAG